AGUCUGUGGGGGCCACUUUCUUCCUUCGGAACAUUAAACACCAUCAAUCAAUCAAUCAAUCAAUCGAUAGCGACGGCGUCAAAACAGCGCGUGGGGUCACUUCGAUCAUGUUGCCCUACAGGAGAACCGAGAAAUGAAGCCUGCACGAAAUGCUUGAAAGUCGGCAUCUAACGCAUCCGAUUGGCCUCCUUGGGGCUAUACUAUGGUAGCGGCGCCGUUUUAACCGUUUAUAUUUAAUCACGUAUCAUGCAUGAUAUGCCGAGUUUGAUGUCAAGCCUACAGUUGCGUUUUUGAUAUGCUGGACUGAAUUUUCAGCCGUGGAUAGCUUAACAAAUAAAUAACUAAUAUCUGAAUUAUUUCACUACUUAGUUUAUAACUCCAAUAACAUUUCAUUUUUCCUUUUUUUUUUUUUACAAAUGUACCCUCUAUAUGGCCAGAAAUACAGAAGUAGAACGUAUUGCAAAUUAUGUGUAACUGUGUUUGGGCAUACCAUGGUUAAGCGCCGUAGGAUUUAUCCUCUCCGAGCAGCACCCGAAGCGCAACUUUUUUUUUUUUCAGUUUUGAAUCUUAACUGAAUGUACUCUUCAGAAACUUGCACCAAACUUUAUCUAUUCCUUUGGUUGGCCUGUAAACGUAAGAAAAGGAAUGAACGUCAUCUUUCUUGAGAGCAUUGUGAUUUUUUUAGCCGGGGAUGUACCGGGGCCGCGCGCCCACUACUUCGACGUCACCAACGACACGUGUGUAUCUGCAGCGUUACGCAGCGUUUUUGAAAGGAAAGCAGCGGCCGCAGAACGUUUCAUUAAAUAAUAGAUAAGCAAGACAUGACGAUUAUUGUUCGCGGACGAGACGCGGCCCGAUAGACGUAAACUUUGUUUAGCGUGAGUGUUACAUCCACGUCACGUGGUAGGAUCAGGUGAACGCCCGUCGGUGUCGCUUGCUGUGCCUCCAGCGCACAGCGCGCCAUUCCUCGUCUUGCCGUGCCGCCCAAUUCAGCCUCGCGAGGACCUGCGUGAGUUCCUCGCCUUAGCGUCUCGACCAUCACGCAUGCAUGGCCACCGCUUGACAUUGCGGACUCGACGUUGUUAUACCGUGCUUCUACAAGAAGACCUGCACAUAAGUGUCUGCUCACUUGCCGCUGCUUUUGUCCGCUGCACACGAGAAUCUGCUCGAUGGCCCCCUUUAAGUUUCUCAAGUUCCUCGACAGCGGUGAAUUCGCCGACGUCGAAUUCAUUGUGCUUCCGGAGAAGUUUCCUGUUACGCGCACGUUCAAGGCCCACAAGCAGUUCCUGGCCAUGAUGAACGAGGUCUUCGGCACGAUGUUCUUCGGAAGCCUUCCGGAGAAGGACCAGGUGAUCAUCACCGACAUCCAUCCGGACGGAUUCGCCUGCAUGCUCAGGUACUUCUACGCAGGCAAGCCGCGGCUAAGGAGCGUCGAGGACGCCAUGUACACGAGAACGGCGGCGGUGAAGUACAUGGCGACGGACUUGGAGCGAAUCUGCUCCGAGUACAUCGUGUCGCACAUCAGCGCUCGCAACGUGUGCCGUCUCAUCGACUACGCAUCGCUGAGCGACGGUGGCACCAUCGACGACGUGGUCCUGUCCAUGCUGCGACACGACGGAGUCGGCGUCGUCUGCUCCGACGACUUCAUCGACGCCUCGGACGGCACGGUCGAGUACGUGCUCAACAACGUGCGCAACGUUCCCGAGACCUGCGUCGUGCAUAGGCUGCACGAAUGGGCCCGGGCCAAGGUCCUUAGAAGCCUGACGGUCGAAGGAACAGACGGCGACAUAACCCCGCCCCUGGACGUCAAGACGGUUUUGAAGCCCUUCAUGCCCCAGCUCCGGUUCCUGGCCUUGUCGCCGCAGGAGUUCAUUGUCGGCCCUUCUUCAUGGCGCAUCUUCGAUGGCCGCGAAGACUUCGCCAUUCUCUGCAAUAUCGUCUGCUACGGCUCGGUACCACUGCCCCAGUGGACGUGUGCCAUCAGAUACCGCAGAUAGUAGCUUGGCGUUACCGUUCCUUCGCUUGUUCGGCUACCACGCCACUUUUGGUCUGAAAGACGUGCCCCGAUUGCAGUGCGCAUACGCGCGUUUCUCAGACUUAAGUUGUCACCCACUGCGCUCGGAAUUCAUUUUAGAGACCCCAUUUAUCAAGCAUUGCCAUCACACAUUAUUGUCACCAUCUGUCAACUUCACGCGUGAUUCAGAUUUCCGUUUCAUACGGCAAAUCUGGCCUCGGAUAUUCCAGUCGAGGGCAGCUCUUUUAGAGCUGACAAAAGGCAGUUCAGAAGAGCAACAUGCGAGCACGACUUUCGUGCGCAACGCCUUCGACCGUCUCAAGCGAAAUCUAGUGUCGAGCACGGCUCUGUGCCUGUCACAAUCUGUCGCGUGCAUAUACCAUUCUCGCUCCAUGAACCAUUGACCAGGCCUUUGUACAUAGACAUUGUCCACCUCUUACGUGUCAUCGUGCAUGUUUUAGUGAGUCAUUGACUGGUGAAUAAAGUAUUUUAUACAUCGGU